AUCAACUCUAUCGUGAACUUUUUAAAGUGUUUACUGCGUUUUUCACGUUAAUUUUAAAUUAGGUAACCUUUUUCUCGUUCUAAAGAAUCGCUUAUUUUACAGCAUUAAAAGUUUUAGUCAAUUAUUGAUGUUAUGUUAACAGACGUUAAUUUAAAAAUUUAUAUGUUGAUAUGGAAAUAACAAGAGAAAGUGUAUUCAAUCCUCCACUUUUUAAACAAAGGUACGAAGCUGUGGCUCAAAUUAUUAAUCAAACGCAAGCGAAAUCCGUCUUGGAUAUUGGUUGUUCAGAAGGAAAAUUUUUGACUUACAUGAAAGAAAAAUGCACUUCGGUAGAAAAAAUUAUUGGGGUAGACAUUGAUCGUUCUCUUCUUGAAAACAACACUUAUUUUAUACAACCAAAACCUUUUGAGUAUAUUGUUAAACGUACUGUUCCGCUGAACAUCAGCCUUUUUUGUGGCUCAAUUACUCAAUCAGACGUUAGAUUUCAUCACGUUGACUUUAUAAGUUGCAUUGAAGUUAUCGAACAUUUGUAUGAUGACGUCCUUUCUAUGGUUCCGUAUAAUAUUUUUGGAAUAUUAAAACCGAAAACUGUUGUCAUGACAACGCCGAAUGCAGAGUAUAAUCAAUUGUUUAAAGGUUUUUCUGGGCUUAGGCAUAAUGAUCACAAGUUUGAAUGGACAAGAAAUCAGUUUCAACAGUGGUGCUCGCGUAUUGAAAGAACUUACGGGUACAAUGUCGAAUUUGAUGGUGUCGGAGCGCCACCGGCUGACUCAAAAGUCGGUUAUUGUUCACAAAUAGCUGUUUUUAGGCAAACAGAUAAUAAACUUCCUAUUGAGCAUAAUGAUUUAAAAUAUUUAAUGGACUUGCAUUCAGGCGUUAUAUGUCAUCAUGCUUCGGAAAAUGACGGAGUAUGUCACCGAUCUCUUGAUGAAGUUAUAGUGCCGCUAUGUCAAAAAUUUAAUUGUAAUCAAAUCGAAGUUUGUCACUGUACGUCUUAUAAAACAAAAUUGAACAAGUAUAAAAGCUUUGAAAACGCCGAAAACUUUUCACUUGUAUUUCAAGUUGAGUAUCCGUACGAUAAUUUAAGUUUAAACUUGGAGCAAAAGAUAUUAGACGAGAUCGGUUAUAAUAUCUUUCUCUUUUUUUCGGAUACCGAUGAUCAGUUGGAGGAAGUGAUUGAAAAACGUGUUCCAGUCAAAUUUUUUCAUUCACUCUCCAGCAUCGCAAAGUUCAACGUAAAUUGUGACCAGCUAACGUCAAUUAUUCGACAAAAAUUUAGAAUUAGCGACGACAAUCAGCAUGUUAUUUUUAAUGUGACGUUGAACUCACGACAAUGGUAUAAUUAUAGCGAUGAUGAUAUUGAAGAGGAGGAUGAAAAAAGAUACGAGCCAAGUAAUGAGUUUAUUAUUGACCAUAUUGAGGAAGAAGAAAGUUGGGAUUGAUUUCGAAAAAGAAACUUUUAAUAUAAUAUUGCGGACUUAAAAAGUAUUAGUGCAGAUAAAAAGCUUAUGAAAAUAUUAGUAACUAAAUAUAA